AUGGAACAAGCAGAUCGAAUUGCUCUCGAUGAGAUGCAAGCUAAUUGUGGAAUCGGUCCAGAUGAAAGCAAACCGACUGAGCAUUUGGAGACAACAGACAUCGAACGAAACGAUGCGUUCCUCGUCACAUUUAGCUCUGGAGAUCCCGAGGACCAAGCUACCUUUGCAUUAUCGACCCAGGGCUUCAAUCGAAUCCUGAUCUCAACAAUCAUGGCUCCAGCUAUCCCUACCAUCGCAGUCGACCUGAAGAUGAGCAAUAUCGAAAGCACCAUGGCUCUUUCAGCAUACGUCCUGGCGACUGCGUUUGGGCCUUUGGUUAUCGGGCCACUGAGCGAGGUAUAUGGGAGAAAGACCAUAAUUCACAUUACGAACCUCUGGUACCUCGCUUGGAACCUGAUCUGCGGCUUUGCCAACUCGAAAGGUCUCCUCAUUGCCGCACGACUGCUCGCAGGUUUCGGCGCCAGCGCAGUCUAUACUGUCGCAUACGGCGUUCUGGCUGACAUCUGGCCUAACGAGCAGCGAGGUCGCUCACUCAGUCUCUACCUACUGAUUCCACUGACCGGCGCCGCAAUAGGACCCAUCAUAGGUGGAUUCAUCGUUGAGUAUUCCACAUGGCGCUGGAUGUUCUGGGCAACCACCAUCUUUCAAGCUGUUGCAGAGAUCGUCACCUUGCCCAUAAUUCACGAGACGUAUUGCCCCCUCCUGCUUCAGCGGCGCGCCACAAAGCUUCGCCUCGAAACCGGCGACUCACGAUACCACACUGAAACCGAGAUUCGAUCCCAGGGCCACUCCACUUUCAAGAUCCUCUCAAAUAAUCUCACACGUCCGCUACGUCUCUUGGCUUUUCACCCGACUAUUCAAGUCCAGGCGCUCCUUGGCGGCAUAAACUACGGCCUGCUGUACUUCGCCCUCGCCUCCUUCUCCAGCCUCAUCGUCAGCAACUACGGUCAGUCCGUCUCGAUCUCUGGCCUACACUACAUCGCACUCGCUAUUGGUGAGAUCGCUGGUGCACAGCUUUGUGGCCCGCUGAUGGACUACCUCUACUGUGCCCUCACGCGCCGCGCAGGUGAUCGAGCUGCUCCUGAACUCCGCGUCCCGCUUCUUCUACCCAGCGUCAUUCUUACACCAGUUGGCUUCCUCUUAUAUGGCUGGGCAGCACAGUACAAGUUGCACUGGGCUAUCGUUGACAUUGGCGCCGCACUACUUGCCAUGGGUAUGCAAGUCUUCAAUACAACGCUACGUGCGUAUGUCAUGGAUGCAUACCCGGAACAUGUCAGUUCUGCAUCGGCGGCGACGCAGUUUCUCAGCAGUAUGCUGGCAUUUGCUUUCCCGCUGUUUGCAGAAGACAUGUAUGCAGCGCUAGGUUAUGGCUGGGGGAACUCUUUGCUCGCAUUCUUGUCGAUCGGUAUCGCAUUGCCAUCGACAGGUAUUCUCUGGAAGUAUGGCGCACGACUCCGAGCGAAGAAUGAUUCGAGCUAUUGA